AUGCCCGCCGCCACAGACGACGACAGCAAGGCUCAAAGGCAACGCAGGAACCGGGCUCUCCGGGAGAGGGGUCCCAUCGCCGCCGAAUCUGAAGACUGUCAGCAGUCGUUUGUCCGGCUGUCGGAUGCCCUUCACCUCAGCCGAAACUUCUAUCUGGUUGAGAAAUGCUGGCGCAGGUUCAACCUGUGGGACGAUGAUAGUGGCGCGUCGUCGCGGACUCUUGACUAUAACUUGAAGAGCUCGCCGUCGCUUGUGAAGCAGACGACGAGUCUUCUGCAUGAUCUAGGAUGGACCUUGACCCAUGCAAUCAUGGCCGUCCCGCUGGAAGAGCCCGAGGACGAGGAAACUGAAAGCGGCCUGGCAUCGAUCAAACCGUUCAACGACUGCGACACGGCACUUUUGUCUGUCGACGCCGACCUAGACAAUGUCGACGCCGACGUGGACUACGGCACAGGCCCGUGGCUUCAGGAGGCGCUCGACAUUGUUGACAACCUGGUGCACCUCAUGCCGGCUCUCCGAAACCCCUCUGAGAUCUCAACGCCCGAGGAUGCGAUGUUUGACUUCCCUGGUUGCUGUCCGCUCCAAUUAUACCAGGAAGUAGCCGACACCAUGUUUCCGUCUGCCGAUGCCGACUUUUUGAACCGUCUUGCUUGGACUCAGUGGCUCAACGGACUUAGUCUCUCGAGCAUGCAUGAAAAUUCGGAUAUGAAGCACAACGCCAACAUCUCAGCUCCCACGUCGCAAGAUCAGACGCUUCCACGUGGUUGGCCUUCACGCAGGGAUACCCGGGAAGUCCAAGCAUUCCAUUUACUGGAAUCCGACAGAAGAAGCUCCACCAUCCGCUCCUACGCCGAGACGGUACUGUCACGCAACACGAUAACGGACCACCGCUCAACUACAUCCUUCGGCGCGUUGCCCCAAGCCCAGCCGGUGCGCCAUCCUAACGUGCCGAGUCCUCCCGUGGAGCUUGGCCAGCCCGGCACUGGUCAGUUCGACUGUCCUUACUGUCAUUGCGAACUGCCGCUCGCCGUCGGGGCCAGCAUGAGCCACGACGACUGGGUUAGUCACUUCCACCGGGAUAUGAGGCCAUACAUCUGCACAUUUGGCCAGUCUCGUUGUCGUAACGUCACAUUUGUCACCAGAGAAGAAUGGUUCCUACACGAGCUCGAUUUCCACCGCGCGUCGCAGGUUUGGAUGUGCGGCUCUUGUGCAGUCGAGUUUCGUAGUGCGGCCGAGUUCGAAAGCCACUUGCUGUCGACCCACUUCGACUUGCCGUUGCCACGGGAUCUUUCCGGGUUGGCGGAGAGCUGUAAACGAUUGUCAUACAUCGCCGAUGCCUCUUUGGCGUGCGCUAUAUGCCGUACAAUCUGCGGGAGCCUGGAAGAGCUCGAGAACCAUGUCGGGAAUCACAUGGAAGCGUUUGUUUACAAUACCGUUUGUGAACACGAGCCUCUGACGGAAGAUGAUCAAGAAAGCAAAGACAUCCUUCGCAUAGUUCUCGCAGACUUCCUCUCAGACCACAUUGUGCCAGCAGCCGGUCUCAUUGGCGGCGGCGGUGACGACAACGACGACAACGUGGGGACUCGGGUUUACGCGGCCGCCAAGCCUGAUGAAGCCGUCAAUACUACCCGUUCAGCCAAUGCUGGCCUUCCGUUGGACAAUGACAAGGCCAAUAGACCAGCGGUUGGGCAUACAGGCAGUGAGUGGACCGAAAAGGUCACCAGUUUUUUGGGCUCGCAGCCGCACAGCCUUGAGGCUGCGAAGUACAACCUGCCUGCCCAGCACCCUAAUUUUGCUGGCAGGGAACAAGACCUCCGCCGUAUCCACGAGUCCCUAUCUGUGCCGGGCCGAAUAUGCGUCCUCACUGGCGCCUCGGGCAUCGGCAAGACGGCCACGGCGGUACAAUACGCCUAUCGUUUCGGCGAUGGUGACGAGUACGCGUACAUCUUUUGGGUGGAGGCCGAGCCUGCGGGACUCCUUGCAGACAAGUACGCCUCAAUCGCCGACGCUCUGGACCUCAAUCGCGACGGCGUCCAGGAAGACAACAGCCUCCUCUUCCGCGUAAGAGAGCGUCUGUUGAAGCUGGACAAAAGAUGGCUGCUGAUCUUUGACAACGUCGUAUCCUGGACCGAUAUCAGUCCCUUUGUCACCAAGGCCUUGACCCUUAGCAAAGGCUCAGUGCUCAUCACCACCAGGGAGGACCCCCGUCGGUCUCAGCAGAUGUGGCUUCAUCAACGCCGCAUCCGACUGGGACCCCUGUGCACCGACCAUGGGCGGGAGCUCCUUCUUACGUCCAUCCAUCCGCACAUCCACAGGGAGGAUGUUCACAACGACGAAGACUCGGACCUGGCAGGAAAGAUUGUCGAAAUCCUCGAAGGCCUCCCGCUAGCUAUCAGCUUGGUGGUCGGAUACGUCAAGGAGUCUGGGUGCACCCUUGGCGAUUUCCUUGAGAUGUGGGACGAGAAAGAGUUGAGAAGGAUGAAACCGAGCAACAUGAGCAACACGACCGGUGCAGACGCCGUCGAUACCACCGUCGACUUGUUGUGGGAUAUUGGUAUUCGCGAGGUCCCGAGCAAUAGCCGAAACUUGCUCAACAUUAUGUCCUUUCUGAACCCGGAUCGGAUACCAAAGAGCCUGCUGGUCGGCGAUCACGAAGAGGGCUAUCUGGACAUGCUGAAUUCUUCCGAAAGACUAAGUUACAAACGAAUGAUCAAUAAGCUCAUCAGCCGGCGACUCAUCGCCGUCAAGGAGGCGCCCAAUGCCGAAGUCGAGUACUCUAUCCACAGGCUGCUCAAAGAAAAGAUCAUACUCGACAUGGACGACUACAGCAUCGCUGACGCCUUGCGCAAGACGUUCCGCCUCAUACGGAAGAAGUUCCCACGCGCAAACCACCACCAGGUCCCAGACCCGUCGACCUGGUCAACGUGCCAAGAGUACAUGCCGCACAUUGAAACCUUUUACCAGAUCUUCUGUCGGGAGCGAGGGAGGAUCGAACCCCUCGCGGCCGUGAAGCCCCUCGAGCUGGCGGAGCUUUUCUAUGACGCGGGCUUUCAUGUAUGGUCCAGGCGCGGCACCGCCUACGACGGGCAGAAACUGCUGCAGACCGCCAUCGACCUUCUCGACGGGGUUCGGUACGAACGCGACUCGAAGCUUCGCGCCGACAUCAACUGCAUGCUCGGGCUCCUGCUGCUGGAGAUGGGCUGCGAAGAGCGCGUCGAAGGCGGUCGGUGUCUCCUGGAGGCCCGGCGCAUCCGCGAAGUCAUUUAUCAUCAACAUCCUGAAGACCACGAUAACGACGUUCUUUUCACGAACGCCAACUCAGACUAUGCGCUGUGUCUCAUGAACGACCACCAGUUCGACAAAGCGGGCGAGGAGAUGCGGAGGUGCUUCGGACGCUACGAGGUCUGGGGCCCCCAGCUAGAAAACCCGUUUGAGAAUUCAAAGUACUACGGCAACUAUAGCAUUGUCCUUAUGUUUCAGGGCAGGAUGGACGAGGCCAUAGGUUCGGUGGAGAGAUGUCUUGAGCUAACGCAGCGGUUCUCGGGGAAAAAGGCCCAGUGGUACCGGCGGGUCUUCCUGCUCGCAAGCAUACAUCUCCAGGCGGGCGACGUUCAGAAGGCCUUAGACCUGCACCUAGAGACGCUGGCAGCCCGGUUCGAGCUCGGCGGGAAGCACAACACCAGCUUCAUCCUAAGUCUCUACGCGGUCGGUGCCACUUACCAUCACCUAAAGAAUCUGGAACAAGCUACCCAGUACAUGAAUGAGUGCGUCGAGUAUGCAACGAAUGCGCAGUGGUCGAAGGUGGGCAUUGGCAGGGCCAAGUUUCACCUCGCGAUACUCUACGAGGAACAGGGACUCGAAGACGAGAAGGUGCAGACACUUAAGGCAGAGGCAAGGAAGGUUUUGGACGAGUACCGGAGCUAUGCGGCGGAGUGCGUACAGAGCACAAACGAUGAGCUGAUGAUCUUUGACGAUCUGCAGCCGACGUUACUCGGACGGUACACCGGGACGGCGCUGCUUAAACAUCUGCAAGCCAACCUACCCCGUCCUCGUCCUUGCUCUCUUCGCAGCGAGUACUGA